UUUACUGUAGGAUGUAGCUAGCAAUGUUGUUGCUGCUAAGCUCCUAGUUGUCCUCCUCCUACUCGCCUUUCUUUGUACAUAUAUUACGGAUGUGAUACAUGAAUUAAACUACAUAUCUCUGAAGCGCGUGUCCAUGUCAGAGCUGAAAUGAGUGAUGUUGUUGAGAAGACACUCACUGCUCUCCCAAGUCUUCUGUCACUGGAUCCGCAGCCCGGAGCAGGGAAACUUUCUGCCACUUCGAAAUUGGGAAAUCUAAUCAGAAGCGUAACUGAACUGACUUCCAAGCAUGAGGAAGAGAAACUUAUCAAGAAAGAGCUGUCUGCUCUAAAAGAACAGGUUUCCUCUCCAAACACGACAUUGAGACAGAUGAAGGAGGUCAUGGUGAGAGCCAUAUACUGUGAAAUGCUGGGAUAUGAGGCGUCCUUCAGCUACAUACACGCCAUUAAGCUGGCACAGCAGGGCAGUGGCCUGGAGAAACGAGUGGGUUACCUUGCGGUGUCGUUGUUUCUGAAUGAAGGCCAUGACCUGCUGCUCCUGCUUGUGAACACAGUUUUGAAGGACCUGCAGAGUACAAACCUCAUAGAGGUGUGCAUGGCCCUGACUGUGGUCAGCCAGAUAUUCCCCAAAGACAUGAUCCCAGCUGUUCUUCCUCUGGUCGAGGACAAACUAACUCACUCAAAGGAAAUAAUUCGGAGGAAGGCGGUGCUGGCGUUGUACAAGUUCUACUUGAUGGCACCCAACCAGGUGCAACACAUCCACGACAAGUUCCGGAAAGCUCUGUGCGAUAAGGACCCCGGAGUGAUGACUGCAUCUUUGCACAUAUACCUCCAAAUGAUAAAGGAGAACCCUGACAGCUUUAAGGAGCUGACGGCGAGCUUGGUGGCCAUACUGAAGCAGGUGGUGGGAGGCAAACUUCCUGUGGAGUUUAACUACCACAGUGUUCCUGCCCCCUGGCUGCAGAUACAGCUGCUCCGGAUGCUAGCUCUUCUGGGGAAGGAGGACCAGAGUGUCAGUGAGCUGAUUUAUGACGUCUUGGACGAAUCUUUAAGAAGAGCAGAAAUCAACCAUAACAUCACUUAUGCUAUAUUAUAUGAGUGUGUGAAAACUAUCUACACCAUCCAUCCCAAAUCUGAGCUGCUGGAGAAGGCAGCCAAGUGCAUCGGGAAGUUCGUGUUAUCACCCAAGAUCAACUUGAAAUACCUUGGUUUGAAAGCUCUGACCUACGUUGUACAGCAGGACCCUAACCUGGCCCUGCAGCACCAGAUGACCAUCAUCGAGUGCCUGGAUCACCCUGACCCCAUUAUUAAGAGAGAGACGCUAGAGUUGCUGUACAGAAUCACAAACGGCCAGAACGUGUCGGUGAUAGUGCAGAAGAUGUUGGAUUUCCUCAGGCAGAGCAGAGACGACCACACCACCAUUGACCUGGUGGGCAAAGUGGCUGAACUGGCAGAGAAGUAUGCCCCGGACAAUGUGUGGUUCAUCCAGACCAUGAACACGGUGUUCUCCCUGGGAGGGGAUGUGAUGCAGCCAGAGAUACCAAACAGCUUCCUCCGGCUCCUGGCAGAAGGCUUUGAAAGUGCGGAAGAGGACACUCAGUUGAGGCUGAAUGCUGUGGACUCGUACCUCGCCCUGCUGAAGACGGACACCUCCCUCCUGCCCCAGCGUUUCCUGCAGGUCAUCAGCUGGGUUCUUGGCGAGUUCUCCUUCCUGAAAGCGGGCCUGGAGCCAGGCCUGGUCUUGGCCGAGCUGGCCCGGCUGUUGGAGCAGGGCCGCAUCACCACGGAGACCAGGAGCUGGGUGCUGGCGGCCAUGUCGAAGCUGUGCGGGGGGGCGGCGUGCGCGGGCGUGGCCGGGGAGGUGGCGGCACGCUACGGAGGGUCUCUCUGCACCACCGUCCGCCAGCAGGCCCUGGAGCUGGGCGUCCUCAGCCAGGACCCAGCCCUCAGGGACAGGGUGCUUCCCCAGAACGCCGGCUGGGACAGCCUGGAGGUGGACUCUUCCCUGUCCUUCCUGGAUGGGUUUGUGUCAGACGCUUUGGCCCAGGGUGCUGCCCCGUAUAAACCUCCCCACCAGAGACAAGAGGAGCUCUCCCAGGAGAAAGUGUUGAACUUCGAGCCGUACGCCCUGUCUAUGCCCGUCAGUCUGUCCAGCUGCAGCCUGACUGACAGACAGUCUCCCACGGGCUUCUCUCUCUGUUCUGGUCUCUCUGGCAACAGCGCUGAGCUUUCACACAAAGCAGGCUCCAGCUCGCUGAAGAUGGAGGGAGUGCAGCGAGUUUGGGGGAAGGAGGGGUACCUCCCCCAGAAGGAGGCCACAGAGGAGGUGCCUGCGGUGCCCGUGGUUCCCCCGGCGCCUCCCCUCCAGCAGGGCGGCGCUGACGGCCCGCAGACGGAUGUCCCCGACCACGCCCUCGCCCCCGCCCCGGGCCUCGCCUCUGAGCUGGAGCAGGAGAAGCGGCAGCUGGCCUCCUCUCUGUUCGUGGGCCUGGGGCUGCAGAACGAGCCCUGCCUGAUGGGGAAGCCUGAAGUGCCUCCACAGAGGUUCAGGAGGAAGGCCAGGUCGCAGGAGCCAGCAGGGGGCAGUGACAAGCUCUCCGACUCCUACUCCUCUCACAGCACUGUCGACAGCCUGCUGGACUCCAGCCCCACCCCCCUGCCGGAGGAGGAGGAGCUUAGCCCUGCCGGCUCCCUGGGGGAGGGGUCGACCACCCUCGGGCCCCUGGGGGAGGGGCCGACCACCCUCGGGCCCCUGGGGGAGGGGCCAACCACUGUCAGCCCCCUCGGAGAGGAGCCAACCGUUACUGCCCCUCUAGAACAUCCGCCUGUCACUCCCAGUCUAUUGGACGCGGGGCCAAACACCCCCAGUCCCCUAGGGGAGGGGCCGGCCACUGACAGUGUGCCAGGGGAGGCCUCUAACCUCACCGACUCUCAGGAGGAGCGCCACAGAGAGUCCCCUCCUCCCCUGCCUGACGAGGACACGUGGGGGUAUCAGGCCGGAGACGAGGGGGACGAUGAGCCCGCCGAGGUCAGCGCGGGGGCAGCGGGGCCCGGCCGACCGGCUCCCCCCGGCCUCCCCGCGGAGCUGCUGGAGCUGCCCCACUCCGAGCUCCUCAGCCUGGGCUCUGACCCCAGCCUGGCCCUCUCCGUCUGGAAGGUCUACAGAGAGGAGGCCCUGGAGCUCCACCUGCUCAUACGCAACGCCAGCGGGGCCUCCCUGCAGGGCGUGGCUGUGCAGCUCUCCUCUGACCAGCUGAAGGUUCUGGGCGAUGCCAGUCGGGUGUUCCCCUCUGUGGAUGACCUCGGCACUGUGACCUGCCAGUACAGCGUUGUCAUGGAGACUCCCCUGGUCCAAGCCUCGGUGGGUGGGGCGGUGACCUACCACAGCCGGUCUGAGUCAGCCAAUGAGCUGCAGUUCUCCCUGGGCCUCGCCUUGACGGACUUCCUCAGGCCUUUUCUCCUGAGCAUAGAGGACUAUGGGAAGCUGUGGCUGUCCUUCAGCCAUGAUGUGAAACAGAACCUCCAGCUCUUGCCGGACAAAGAGGACCCAUUCUCUGCCACACUGAACGUCCUGAAGGAAAAACUACAGCUCCACCUUGUGGAAAUCAUAGGUAUGGAGGGCGUCAUGGCGUGUCAGCUUCUCCCAGGAUCCCCCUGUCUGCUGCACUGCCACGCCCAGGCGGGCUCCCUGACGGUGUGGCUACGUUCUCCCGCUGGGGACCUGCCCGACUGCGUGCUGUACCACUGCCAGAGGGCACUGCAGGAGAGCAGGUCUCUCCUUGUUGCCAGAGAAUCAGACCCCCAGUGCUGUCGUCCCUACAGAGCGUGGUCAGGCAGUUCCUCACACUGCGGAAGGAAUUUCCUGUGUUCAGUUGGAGGUCUUUGUGGAGAACAGCAGCUUGUACAAUGCUGCCUCUAUGGGUCUGGGAGCUGAGAUCCCCUGUCUGACAAGGGAGGCUGUUUCAGAGUCCUAGGGACUGCAAUGUGCCAGCAUCUCCCUCACAGCACUGUGUGGACAGCAGAAAUGCGAGGAUGACUGCAAGCGAGGAUGUGUCCUGCUAGUGUGUCAUCUCCCAAACUGACAGAGGACAUUUUCACAACUGGUUUACAAGGCUUACAAAUAUGAUUUCGCAUUACAAAGUGUACAAAUUAAAAGUAGUCUGUGGAGAGAUGAGGAGCAUUUGAAUGGGUUAUAUCGAGUGAAACUGAAGGUCUGUGCUGUCCAGAGAGUGAAAUAUCUUGUUUGUUUUCAGUCCUAUGAAUGCUUCAGAGCAGUCAUUUUUAAUUAGAACUAACAGCAUAUUCAGUCACUGAUUGCAUCGGUUAAAAACUUUUAAUUUUAAAUUUUAAUUUUGAACAGCUGUCAAAACGAAAACGAUACCAGCUGGACAGUCAUCUGCCUUUGCCUGUGUAGGUGGCAGCAGAUAAUGUGCCAAGAUGGAGUUAGAGAAUAAUUCUCUGCCAUAUAACCAGAUUUAAAAAAAUAAGUGUCAACAGCCAUUCUUGUUGAAAAUAAACAUCAUUCUCUGACUCUGUGUCUGGGUGACGUUCGUCAAGCAGACUGUGACCUGGAUUACAUUAAUGCUUGAUCCAUAACUGACUCAUGACUUUGAUUCUGCGACACAGUUGCAAGUUAUUUAGGGUGACUACUGAACUUGCCAAACUGUAUUUGUAGGAGAAGAAAGCUCUUGUAUUCAAUCAUAAGUAAACAAUAGCAGAAUCUGUGUGUACUGAAUCCAGGGCCUUAUUUGUUUCAAAAUCUAGUAAUUUACCUGUCUGUUGCUACCUGAAAUAUUGUGUAAUACAUUUUGUUUAGAGUUAACACUGCUCUAAAAUGUAUGCAUCCUAAGAUGAGAAAAUGCAGUGCCUUUUUCCUUUUCUUGCAGUUGAUGGUGUUUUUUUGCUCAGAUUCUCCACAGUGUUACAUGUUAAUUUAAAAAGAUGAAGCAUUGACAGGCAACAAAAGUCUUGUGUCAAAAACAUAA